AUGUCGGGAAUGUUUUUGAAUGCGUUAGCAGCCUUUAAAAGUAUAGGAAACUUUAGUAUAAAAACUCAGCUAGGCAAUGCAGAAAGGAAACCACAGCAGAAUCAAACAGUCAUUGCUGGCCAGGCUGAUGGCUUUAUGUCAAGUCACAAACAGAAGACAUACAGCCUGUGGGACCUACCAGAAUCAGUUCUUGUCUGUAUACUACGUGGCUUGCACAUACGUGACCUGUUGUCUUUUAGAAUGACUCAUUCGGACUUCUGUAGCGUCGUAGACAACAAUACCAGUAUUUGGGCCAGUGUGUCUUUUGCGGAUUCAUGGCCACACGAAAACAACAAUCAUCUGUUUGUGAAGGCAGCAGAGAAAAGAAAUUUUGAAGCAGUAGUCAAACUAGCGGUUGCUUAUCUGUAUAAGGAAGAGCUUACAGGUGACGAUGUAGCAGUGGCAAGCAAAGAGGCUGCACACUACCUUUGCCAGGCUGAAAAAUUGACACCAAAAACGUUCCCUUUCUUCUGGAUCUUUAUACGCCCACCAUGGUCACCUGAAGGGUCCUGCUGCAAGCUGAAGGCUUUCCUGCACAUUAAAGAGAUGCUGGAAACGAUUGAUCACCCUGAUAUAACUUUUGGUACUGCCUUGAUACUGAAGCUGCAGCGGAUGGCAAUACAUGGGGACUUUAAAGCUGAAGAAGAAAAAUACUUUAAGAGGGCCAUUGACCACAACUCGCCGGCUGCUGCAUUUUUCAAUUUAAUGGAUGCAAUUGCUGUAAAUGAGCCGGACAAAGGUAAAGAACUAGAAAAGGUGCGAUUGCUUCGGCAAAUUGCGUCAAAUGAUGUCUUGGAAGCAAAGUUGAAUCUCAUCAGGUAUUAUACUCAAGGACUCUAUGGUGGCAUUUCCAAAGAAAAAGCUCAAGAAUAUGUACAGCAGUUUUUCAAGUCCUCAGAACCUUCAGGAAUCCAUGUGAUAUUCUCAGGAAGUCAAACAUCAGAUAUUAGCCGCUACAUCCUAAUAGAUUGGCUUGUGGAAGUUGUUGGAAUGAAAGACUUCUCUGCUCAUGUUCUGUACUUUGCAGUCAGCUUGUUUGAUCGUUUCUUGCAAGUCAGGAGAAUUCAACGCAGCCAAGUUCAGCUGUUGGGCGUUGCUGCAAUUGUUGUCAGCUCCCGAUUUCUAGGCUUUGAAAUUUUAACGAUAAGGGAGGCUGCUUGGCUCACUGACAACAGCUACACAUACUACGAUGUUGUGAGAAUGAUGGGAGAACUUGUUGCAACCCUGCGUGGAAACCUGAGGGCACUGACUAUCCAGGAUUACACCAAAGUGCUGCUGACUAUCAUCAAUGAAUCUGGCUAUGCUGGUGUACUCACAGAGUACAUCUCCAUGUUGUGUCUGCUGCAGGCAGAGAUGGGACAGUACAGCCCUGCAGAAAUUGCUGCUUCGUGUUUGCUGCUGUCCAGGAUUUUGCUUAACCACACUGAUGCAUGGCCAGCAGUACUGAAAGAAUGGACAGGAUUCUCACAAGACUACCUCAGUUUGUGCACAUUCCACAUAUACAACAAAUGCUUGAUGGAAGGUUCAGAAAUGGAGUACCGGGACACAAUACUGCAGGCUGUGAAAACAAGAUAUGCUGACCCUCUUAGAUAUUCUGUCAGUAGCAUGAAGCUCAUUGGACAUAAAGAGCUGUGUCGCCGCCUUGGAGUGACCAAGUUGAUAACUCAUGGGAAGGAUACCAAGGCUGUAAAAUUUCGAAACACAGAUGAACUAAUCAUGUCUCCUCAUCGCAGCCUGAGAUCAGAAUAUCGUCACAGUGUUAGCGAGGGAUGGGUGAAUCGUGAUAAUGCAGCGACGCCUCCAAUAAGUGUUCCGUAUGUAAUGGAUGAGGGCUUUAGUGGCUAUGAGGGGGACCUAGAAUCAGAAUCUGACGAAUCUGGCGAUAAAUCAGGAGUCAUGUUUGAGAUCCUGGAUGCAUCUAUUUUAGCAGACGAUGGCAAACAAUGGUACUCCUCUGUUGAAGAUCACUUUGCUGAUGACCAGAGUGAUGACGCAGAGUCUCUCCUGCAAGAUGAAGUUAAUUUUCAUGGCGACAGAACAUCUGACCUUGACAUGAACAAUAGAAUCGCCUGCUUGUCCAGCAUGUGUCAGUCAGGGGGCAACCUGGCAUGCCACUCUUCAGUGUCAUCUCCCUCACCCUGCAUUUCUAACUGUUCGUGCAAGAAAUCCUACAAUUUAGCUACUUCAGCACUGUCAUUAUCUUCACCUUCCCUGGCAUAUCCAUCUUUAGACUCGUCGUCGUUAUCAUCUUCAUUAUCGAGUUCCUUACCGGCACUCAAUCACGGAAAUAUAAGAACAUUUCUACCAUGUGGCAGUAUUAGUUCGGCUUCCAAAGGGUCCAGGAAAAGUCAGUCAGACAGUUGCUCAAACCGUUGUGAUAUCCUAGCUCAUACAAAGCAAGUUUGUGAUGAAACCCCAUGCCCUUCACAUUUAGCCCAGUCUGCAGCAGCAAGUAGCUACAUCAUGAGGAAAGCCCGCUCGUCUCAGGAUUUAAGAACUGCAGAUCCUGUAGCAAGUCAUGAUACAGACAUAGUUUUUGACAUAAGCUGGCAGUCUCACCCACAAGACAUUGUUGGAUCAGUAUCAGAAAAGCAGUUUUAUGACUUGGGUACUGCAGAAAGCUUGUCUUCCCAAGUAAUCCUAUCUAAGGAUGGGGACUGUCUUGAAGCCAAGGAAAGCUUCAGUAUAGAAAGCUCCAGUGAAUAUUUCUCAGAUGCAUCUCAGGGUUCAAGUUGCAAUAAUAAUAUUUAUACAUCAAGUUAUACUCAAUCAGAAGGCAGCAAUGAUUUUCAUCAUAUCUACUUCAAAUCAUCUUUAUUACCAGACUCAUUGCCAUGUGACCACAGCGUCGAUCAGGGUUCUCACUCAUUGUAUCUGGACCAUUGUGUGUCAUUUGCUGACUCCCCGCAGCCUGGCAGUAGUAAUGGUUAUGUUUUAAUCCCUACAGAAGAUUUGCCUGAAAUGGAUGCUACCUUUAACAACAUAUCCAACCAUAAGCUGCUUCUACGUUGUGUUGGUGCGCAUGGAAAUCUGCACAUUCCUGCCACGCCUGAGUCAGUUGUGGACAUGCAGAGGUUCAGCAGCAGAGCCAGCACAGUGGUUAGGAACCAGGAGAGCUUCACUUGCAGUUCAUUUAGUGAAACAAGCUCGUCAAGAUUCACGACGAAACGAGCAAGACUGGAAUACUCGGGUUCACUGUCUGCCUCUGUUGACUAUGCGCUGAGGCAGCUAGACUUAGGUGUUGAUAGGAAUGCAUGUGAUAAGGCAGAAGAAUCGGCAGAUUGCCUACCAGUAAAGUUGUUAGAUGAAUUUUGUGUCAGUGAUAAUGCAUGUGAUGCUAGCUCAAAACUGUCUUUGAAAAGGAAGAGUUGUAAGUAG